AUGCCCGUCACUAAGUUUAGCACUCCGGAGAAAUACCAAUACCUCAAUGGCUUCGGCUCAGGCCACGAGACCGAAGCUGUAGAGGGUGCCCUGCCAAUUGGUGCCAACUCGCCCCAGAAGGCACCUCUGGGACUCUAUGCCGAAAAGCUCUCUGGCACUGCCUUUACCGCUCCAAGGCACGAAAACCUGCAGUCAUGGCUGUACCGCAUCCUGCCAGCGGCUUCACACUCGAGCUUUCAACCGCUGGAAAACCAGACCGGCUCGGGCCUCGCCGCUGACACUAAAGUCCACCAGAUCCCCAACCAGCUGCGGUGGAACCCAUUCGACAUUGACGAAAAGGCCGACUGGAUCACCGGCAUGCAGCUCGUUGGCGGCGCUGGCGAUCCCGUCAUGAAGCAAGGAAUCUCCAUCUCCAUCUUUGCAGCCGGCUGCGACAUGGACGCCCACACAGCCUUUUACUCGUCCGACAGCGACAUUCUUAUCGUUCUCCAGCACGGCGUCCUCGACGUGCAGACGGAGCUAGGCAACCUCCUCGUGAGACCGAUGGAAAUCCUCGUUAUCCCGCGCGGUAUCCGCUACCGUGUCACGCUUCCCGAGGGCCCUACCCGGGGGUACAUCCUCGAACUGAUGCAGGGCCACUUCACGCUCCCGGAGCUCGGCCCCAUCGGCUCCAACGGCCUCGCCAACGCGCGCGACUUCCAGGCGCCCCGCGCCGCCUUCAGCACCGAAAAGGCCGACUGGACCAUCGUCACAAAGUUCAACGGCAGCCUCUUCGCCGCCAAGCAGGGCCACACGCCCUUUGACGUCGUCGCCUGGCACGGCCGCUACUACCCCUACAAGUACGACCUCGGCCGCUUCAACGUCAUCGGCAGCACCUCCUUCGACCACCCGGACCCGUCCAUCUACACGGUCCUCACAGCGCCCUCGGAGCGCCCCGGCAUCGCCGUCGCCGACUUUGUCAUCUUCCCGCCGCGCUGGCUCGUGCAGGAGGACACGUUCCGCCCGCCCUGGUACCACCGCAACACCAUGUCCGAGUUCAUGGGCCUCGUGUGCGGCGAGUACGACGCCAAGUCCGGCAGCGGGUUCCAGCCCGCCGGCGCGAGUCUGCACAACGUCAUGGCGGCGCAUGGCCCGGAUGCCGAGACGUUUGAAAAGGCGAGCAAUGCCGAGCUCAAGCCGCACAAGGUUGGCGAGGGCAGUCUGGCCUUCAUGUUUGAGAGCUGCCUCAUGAUUGGCGUCACGGACUGGGGGCUGAAGCACUGUCGGAAGGUGCAGGAGGAGUACAGCAAGGAGAGCUGGUCUGGGUUGGUGCCGCACUUUACGGGCAAAGCGCCCGAGGCGAAGUAG